AUGUACUGUUCGCUCUGCCAGUUAGAUGUAUGUGGUCGAGCCCCUCUCAAUUACAGGAUUGUUGGAGGGGGGGAUGCGAAAGCAGGGGCUUGGCCGUGGCAGGUCAGCAUUCAUGUCAUCAACAAAGGCCAUAACUGUGGCGGGACUCUCAUCAAUAAAGACUGGGUUUUAUCUGCAGCGCACUGCUUCCAGAGUGUCGGUGUGCCUGAAACUCUGAUGUACUUCGGUCGUCUGAGUCAAUCCGGCUCAAACCCUUUUGAGACAAACAGGACAGCGAGACAAAUCAUCAACCAUCCUGACUAUGAUAGUCUUUCUAAAGACAACGACAUAGCACUGAUUGAGCUCUCCUCCUCUGUGACUUUCUCUGAUUACAUUAAGCCGGUCUGUCUGGCAGCGGCUGGGAGUGUAUUUGGUGGAGGCACGGAGAGCUGGGUCACUGGAUGGGGUUCGCUGCUACCUGAUGGCACCCAGUUUCCUGACAUACUGCAGGAGGUGAUGAUACCAAUUGUGAACAACAGUGCCUGUGCUAAUGCUUAUGAAGGGAUGUACACAAUCACAAGCAGUAUGAUUUGUGCUGGAUUGUUAAAUCAGGGAGGAAAAGAUUCAUGUAAGGGAGACUCUGGAGGUCGAAUGGUCAGCAAGAACGGCUCCCUGUGGAUUCAGUCCGGCGUUGUGAGUUUUGGUGAAGGAUGCGCUGACCCCAGAUAUCCUGGUGUGUACUCCAGAGUCUCUCAGUAUCAGGACUGGAUCAAGUCUAACACUGGCAGCAACCUGCCUGGAUUUGUUGAAUUCAGUCAAACAUCCAACUCCAACCUCGGAAGCGUGCCCAACCUCCUCUUAUUCCUCCUUUCUCUCACAUUCUCCCUCAUUCCUUUCUCCCUUUUCCUCACUUCCUAAAGAGUGAUUGAACAGUAAGCCUCAGGGUUGAUUGAUGAAGAGGACAGUUGUGCUGUACACACUCUCAUAAAUAUGAGAAAAGUGCCAUCGUAUUGUUAUAUUUGUCAUUUAUUCUUUUUUUGAUGUACUAUUCUUGAAAAGCUCUUUUUGACAUUAUGAGCAUAAUGAAGUUCAGCAUGCUUCUGUCCUUUUUUUGAAUAACAAAAACAAUUUUUAUGUUUAUAUGUUUGAUUACCAACAUGCAGAACCGAUAUAGGUUCUGAAGCUCUGCAUUUGUUGUUGAAAAUGUAAGUUAUUACUAUGUUGUAAUCACACUGCCUAAACAGAAUAAACACAAAAGA